CAGAGGCACUCCCUUCAUGCACACACUGUGACAUCUCUUCUAACCAAUGCUGAUCUUUUGUAAAGAGUACCGGGUCAUGCCUGCCUCCUGGAGAGCCAUUAUUUCUGUCUACUAUCUCUACAUCAGCUUCUGUCAGCUUCUCGGCUAACAAGGACAGGAAUUAUUUGAGGAAACAAUACUUCAUUUUUAAAGGGGAAACCCCCUUAGUACCUGCUGUAAGAAGAUUUCAGGGCAUCUUAAAAGCUGCCUCAUUGCAUUAAGCCUCCUCAUUGUAUUUUACCGGCACCAUGCAGGUCUCUUUUGUGUGUACGGACCACCGGGCUGUAAGCCGUAGCACUGAGGAUCGGUUGAAUCGGCAGAAUGCCGGUAGCCCCAACCUGGGCACCAAGAAUAAGUUUCGCACUGUGGCCAUGGUGGCACGCAGCCUGGGCCAGCUCUCUGUGCAGAACCUGCCUUCUUCCAGUGAGCACAGUGUCCGGAACGGCAUGAAGUAUAGAAACCUUGGAAAGUCUGGCUUACGGGUGUCAUGUCUGGGGUUGGGCACAUGGGUAACAUUUGGAGGUCAAAUCACAGAUGAGAUAGCAGAGCAGUUAAUGACCAUGGCAUAUGAAAAUGGGAUCAAUCUGUUUGACACAGCUGAGGUGUAUGCUGCGGGCAAGGCUGAAGUGGUUCUUGGCAGUAUCAUAAAGAAGAAAGGAUGGAGACGCUCCAGUUUGGUGAUUACCACUAAGAUCUACUGGGGUGGAAAAGCAGAAACAGAAAGAGGAUUGUCAAGAAAGCAUAUAAUAGAGGGUCUGAAAGCAUCUUUGGAGAGACUGCAGUUAGAAUAUGUUGAUGUAGUAUUUGCUAAUAGACCCGAUGCCAACACACCAAUGGAAGGAAAUCCAUUUAACACCUCAAAAACAAGAACAUUCAUCAUAGAAGAGACGGUGCGAGCCAUGACCCAUGUAAUUAACCAAGGAAUGGCCAUGUACUGGGGCACAUCUCGCUGGAGCCCAAUGGAGAUCAUGGAAGCGUACUCCGUGGCACGGCAGUUCAACUUAAUUCCCCCAAUCUGCGAGCAGGCAGAGUACCACAUGUUCCAGAGGGAAAAAGUAGAGGUUCAACUGCCUGAGCUCUUCCAUAAGAUAGGUGUGGGUGCCAUGACAUGGUCUCCUCUGGCUUGUGGGAUAAUCUCAGGGAAGUAUGAUAGUGGUGUGCCCCCUUCCUCACGUGCGUCUCUGAAGGGCUACCAGUGGUUGAAAGAGAAGAUCCUGAGUGAGGAAGGCCGGCGUCAGCAGGCGAAGCUGAAAGAGCUGCAGGCCAUCGCAGAGCGACUCGGCUGCACACUGCCUCAACUGGCCAUCGCAUGGUGUCUAAGGAACGAGGGAGUGAGCUCUGUGCUGCUAGGAGCAUCUACCCCCGACCAACUCAUGGAGAACAUAGGAGCCAUCCAGGUUCUAUCAAAGUUGUCAUCCUCAAUCAUUCAUGAGGUGGACAGUAUUCUAGGAAACAAGCCAUACAGUAAAAAGGACUACAGGUCCUAAAGGGAGCUAUUCUCUCUCACUGUCCUUUUGAUCCUACAUCUGCUGGAGCUUUAACCGAAUGAGACUUUUGGCUUAUGUGACUGGACAUGUCACAGUUGCAGUUUGUGCUGGAGAUACCAACUCAUGCCCAGUAGAGUCUACCUAUUCAGCUAGGGAGAAUAAAAUCUCAUCAGAAUGGCACAGGGAGAAACAUCGUAGACAUAAUCAGCCGGACCAGCUCGACAAGCAGAAGCAGCUCCUUUAACCCACAGAGGCACAUCUGAAACUUGCACGCUCGUUGACUCACUUGCUUUUUUCCCUUUUAGGAAUCUUCUAGUAAACAAAUAGGAUUCCAGAGAAAGUCUGUAUGUAUUAUAUAACUGCAUGUGAUUCACAGGCCUAAACACAUGCUUUUUGCCCUUUGCCUUUUGAGAAAUAUAACCAUCUUUUAAAUUGCUUUUGAAAAGUUGUUAGCAUAUAUUUUAAAAGCAUUGGUUAUGUAUUUCCGGCACUGACAAAUUCAUAUAAGAGGUGAACAGUGAAUUUAAAAAGGUCAGUUCAGAAGAAAUGUCAUGCCAUUUACCUGUUGUUCAACAGCGACUCUAAACAGGUGUAAUGAUUGGAUAUUUUUUCCUUUCUCUUGCAUAGACUUAUACAAGGUUUAACCUUAACAUCUAUAGUAAUGCUACAUCCUUUUGACAUCUAUUAGAGACACCUAUACUUCUGCUCACAGUUUUUAAAUUUGUCAGUUUAAAAAGAAAAAAAUUUGCAUGUAAACACCAUAAAUUAUUUCUUAACUAGCUUGACAAGUAGCUUAUCUACAUGUGAAAAGAACAAAAAGAUUGGACAGUAACUGCACAAAGUUUUUUUUUUUUUUUUUUAAGGAAGCAAGUAUAAAACUUAAAUGUGCAUCAAGCAUGUGCAGUUCAAUGAGCGAACACCAAAGAAUUUUUAUGUUUAUUCUCUUCUAUAAUACUCUUAUUCUGCAUACUGGAAAUCCCAAAUAAGGAUGCUUAUUUAGCAGGCGCCUAUUACAUUGAAGCACUGUUCUAGGAAUAUAGGAUGUAAUAAAGAUGUAAUAUACAUUAUAAUAUUAAAGUGUAAUGAACUAUAUAUCUAUUCUUAAUUUGCCUUAAUGCUCAACAUUUACAGUAAUUUCUGUUUUUGAUUACUCAUUAAACCAAUAUUUCCCAAAGAGUGGGAUGCUCCCCCUAGUGGGAAGUAAGAAAAGUGCAGGGAGACAGAUAGAUAGACAGAUAAGUAAUUUAUAACAAAUUCAUAAACACUUUUGGAUUUUUAGUUUUGUAAGUAAGUUUGAAAUUCCCAUAAAAUAUUUUUGAUUGUGAACAUUAAAAAAAAGAACCAAUAAAACCAAGCCAUGAAUUUACAUGAUAUUUUUAAUUAAUCUUAUAAACAGGAUACACACAGACACCUCUCCAGCCUGUUAAGGAGUAUCCUUUAAGAGACUAUCAUUGUUUAUUCUCUUUAGCUUUGUUGAAAGGUAAGGUUGAGGCACACUUAAAACAAUAUUUUGGUUCUAAUUGAUUAUCACUCCAACAACCAGUGUUUACAUACUAGAGUUGCCUGGUUGUGACUGGGUGAGCAGGCUGUUAUAUAAUUCUUCUGUUAUUUGUAUGGCCAGUGGCUCCCUCUGCUGAGCAUUGAUGCUCUUUAACAAAGCCAUAAAUCUACAGAUAUGGCCAAAAGUUUUGAGAAUGACACAAAUAUUUUUUACAAAGUCUGCUGCUUCGGUGUUUUUAGAUCUUUUUGUCAGACGUUACAAUAGUAUACUGAAGUAUAAUUACAAGCAUCUAAUAUGUAUUUAAGGCUUUUAUUGACAGUUGCAUUAAGUUUAUGCAAAGGAUCAAUAUUUGCAGGAUUGAUGCUUUAACACUGCGUAGUGCUCAGCUUUAUACAUUUCAAGAAGGCCAGCAAAGAGGCCACUACUCUUCAGCAAAAACAUCAGGGACUGACUGCAAAAGGUACAGGAUUCAGA